GUUUUCAACUUCAAGAAAGUGUCAUUGGAGUUAUCAGUGCAGAAAGCAAUAUAACUUGUGCACACCAUUGUGCGUUACACGAUGAACCCAAAUGCAAAUCAUUUAAUUUCAUUGUAGACCCAACAUUGGUAGAAAACUGCGAACUGAAUUCUAAAGCUGCCUUAACUGCGAAUGACGCAAAACUAGUUCCACGAACUGCAGCGUUAUAUUUUGAGAAGAUUAAGGAAG